AUGGAACAUCUAAAGCGUAGUUGGAUGUACAAGAGAUUAGAUGGUCGAGGGGCUCUUAAUUCUAGUUUUAUAGCCGGUGUGAAUGACUUUCUCAAGUUUGCAUUUUCUCAUCCGAAUCGCAUGAGUGGAUUUGUUGAGAACUAUUUUGUUUGGAAAUAUCAAGGAGAAAAAGAAGUGAUCGGUGAAAUGUCUAUUGAUUUACCGAAUGAUACACAAUCUGGAUUGGGAUAUGAUAAUCCAUAUCGCCAAAUGGUUUUGGAUGCAGUUGGAUCAAACUUUGGUCAGGGUUCGAGCUUGAAAUCUUAUAGUAAUGACGAACCUGAGUCAUCUCAUCAUUGUGAACCUCCAAUGGAGGAAGAUCCUAAUCCUUCAAUGGAGGAGGAACCUAAUCCUGAGUCACAAAGGUUUUAUGAUUUACUUCAAGCCGCUGAUGCAGAAUUGUAUCCUGGUUCUUCCAUCUCUCAACUUGCACUAGUUUCUAGGAUGCUAAAUAUUAAAAUGGAGAACACUUUGUCACAAAGGGGCUAUAAUCAAGUGAUGCAACUAUUGAAAGAGGCAUUACCUGAAGAUAACCAAGUUCUCGAUAGUUAUUAUCAAACCAAGAAACUAGUGCGUAGCUUGGGUUUGCCUGUUGAAAAGAUUGAUUGUUGUAACUCAGGAUGUAUGUUGUAUUGGGAAGAUGAUAAAGACCUAACAUCUUGUAAGUUUUGUGGCUAUGAGAGGUUUAAACGUCGUGUUGGUUCUCGUAAGAGAAAAUUGGUCCCUUACAAAAAAAUGUAUUAUUUUCCUCUUAUUCCUAGAUUGCGGAGAUUAUAUGCAUCUCAUGCCACAGCUGCCGACAUGAGAUGGCAUCAAGAGCAUACACAAGAAGAGGGGGUAAUGCGACAUCCAUCAGACUCUGAGGCUUGGAAGCACUUCAAUGAAACUCAUCCCUUUUUUGCUUCUGACCCAAGGAAUGUGAGGUUGGGGUUAUGUACUGAUGGUUUUCAACCAUUUGCUCAAUCUGGAAGAAAAUACUCUUCAUGGCCAGUGAUUGUCACUCCAUAUAAUUUGCCCCCGGGGAUGUGUAUGAAGGAGGCUUACAUGUUUUUAACUGUCAUUGUUCCAGGGCCACACAAUCCUAAACAAAAAAUUGAUGUUUAUCUACAACCUUUAAUAAAGGAAUUGACUUUAUUGUGGGAGACAGGUGUAGAAGCAUUUGACAUCUCAAAAAAGCAAAAUUUUCAAUUACGGGCAGCUUUGAUGUGGACUAUCAAUGACUUUCCGGCAUAUUCUAUGUUAUCAGGAUGGAGUACCAGUGGAAACUUAGCAUGCCCUUAUUGUAUGGAGGAAACACAAUCCUUUAGAUUACAAUAUGGUGUGAAGACAACUUGGUUUGACAAUCAUAGAAUGUUUAUUGACCAAAAUCAUCCAUUUAGAAGUGAUCGUAAGAACUUUCUUAAAGGUCAUAUUGUCACAAGAUUGCCACCACCUUUAAGAUCAGGACAAGAAAUUUUGAAUCAAAUAUGUGAGUUGGGGAUAAGGAAAGUAACUGAGUUAGAUGCAGAAGAAGUUAAUAAAAGAAUUUGUAAGUCUUGUGGAUGGAAAAAACGAAGCAUCUUUUGGGAUUUGCCUUAUUGGAGUUCUAAUAUGAUACGACAUAAUCUUGACGUCAUGCAUAUUGAGAAGAAUGUCUUUGAUAAUGUAUUUAACACAGUUCUUGAGGUGGAUGGCAAAACCAAAGACAAUCCAAAAGCAUGUCUAGAUGUUGUAAAAUAUUGCAAUCGGCCACAUUUGGCAAGGAAUCCUGAUGGAAGUUAUCCUAAAGCUGCAUAUACAAUAAAUAAGGAUUAA